GACAUUAAUACUAGCGCGCUGUCACCAUGAACUUGUUUGUGAACUUUGUUUUCAUUCUAUUGAAGUGUUCGCUCUUACGGGCAGCCCUGACAAUUUCAAAUGAAGAAUCUAAGGCCCCAGAAAAUAGAAUAAUGGGUGGAAUAAAUGCAAAACCUCAUGCACAUCCGUACAUCGUAUCGUUGCAGAUUAGAUUUCUGUUUUUAAAAUUGCAUAUUUGUGCAGGCACAUUGCUUAACGAAUAUUGGAUCCUGUCUGCCGCCCACUGUAUUCCAAGUUUCUUUCUGAUCAAAUGGCUCCCGAUGGAAGCCAUUGCAGGAUCAAAUAAUAUCAAUCAUUUGGCACGAACAGCACAGAUUGCCACAAUUUCAAAAAGAAUACCGCAUCCGCUAUUUACCAGUGACAUAGCACCUUAUGAUAUAGCGAUGCUUAAAACAAGCAAGCCUUUCACUUUCACAAAAGAAGUUAAACCCAUAAAUUUACCGGAAAACUCUCAACUUCGACACAAAGACCUUAUUCUUGCCGGUUGGGGUGAACUCAGUGAGACGAGCAUCAUAUUUUCUAACUCACCAAGUAAAUUGCAGGAAGUGCGAGUGCAAUACAUCCCGUAUAAAGAAUGUCACGAAGCUAUGGAAAACCUUUUUGAAGACGAUGUUAGUAUUGAAGACAUUGAAACUAUGAAAGAAAACGUUCACAUUUGUACGGGUCCAUUAACGGGUGGAGUGGCAGCCUGCAGUGGAGAUUCCGGCGGUCCACUUAUUGAAUACAUAUCUCAUUAUAACAGCGAUAAUGCAAAAAAGGAAUUCAAUUAUGGUAAUGACGUAAAUAGUAAAGAAAAUUCACGUAGAAGCCAAGAUGGAAACGCCGAUCAUAAAACACCAUAUAUAAUCGGAAUAGUUUCAUGGGGAUUCGUACCUUGUGGAGAACCAGGUGCACCCACAGUAUUCACGAAUGUUUCUCAUUACAUAGAUUUCAUUUAUGAUCAUAUCUACGAAUGACAAAUAAAAAUAAUGAUCACAUCAAA